AUGGAAAUUCUGCUCGCUGGGCUUUUCUUCCUCGCUCAGAAUGAAUCCAAAUUGCAGUCGGCUAUUGCUGAAGGCGUUUUAAUGUGUAUAUUAAUCGCUAUUACGAUCGGCGUUCAGUUCACGAUGACUUCAAGCUUUGAUCCUCUCACAUACUAUUUGCCUGUUGAUGCAGAAGAGUUCUCACAAAUGGAAAUAUCCAGCUUUAGAAAAACUGCCUGGGAAACAGUAAUUAACGUUUUGAAUUCUUCAAGGGCGACGGAUAGUACUGAUGCUGUUAGCAAUAUCAAUGUCGCCGUCAAUGAAUCAUACGACAAUACCAUGGAGAACGCGUAUCUUCAUCCGGCCAUGCGGGAUCCCAAACCAACCAUCUGGAUUGCACAAGACAAUUUGGGUAUUGCAGUAGACGAAGUACGGCGAACUCGCGCUUCUGGAUUAGAUAUUUUGAUGUCGACCGAAGGAGCACGAUUCAAUGAAAAGAAGAACAUUGAAGUCGAUGGUCUACCUCCCGAUUAUGCGGAAAAGAUAGACCAAAAUGUCGUUCUAGCUCGCUUUUAG